UGGUUACGCUGGCAGCUACGCUCGACUUCAAACAAGCUAACAGAAAGUAGUCAACAGAGGAAUGCAGCAGAUCCGCAGCAACAGGACAAUCCGACACGCAGGCUUGAUUUAUUUACUCAAAAAACCUUCGUGUCGAAAGGGGAUGCCACUCUGACUCUACCGAGUCUUUUAAAUCAAUGUAAGUGCCACGUUGCUCCUGGAUCUUAUCUCCAACGCCUCACUGGCAGCAAGACGGGAGCAAACAACUCAGGAAGAUGGCGUCACCUUUUGUGCCUGUCCCGGUUCCCAUGGACAGAACCCUGUCAGGUGGUAGAAACAAGUCCAGGCGGCCCCAGCGAACGGCGUCUCUUGGAAGCGUCUCCAGCAGCUCAGAGUCUCCGUCCCCAGUUGCCCGGACGACGAUGAAGGAGCAGGAGCAAAGUGGAUCGGAUUCCCGAUGUCAGUCCAGUUGCACGGACGGCACCCCGCCGCCACCCGUGCAGAGCCCAGUGACACGGGCCCGGAUGAACGGACCCCUGGAGCCGUCUGUGGAGUUCUCAAACUGCCCUCGCUUUGUGUGCGGUUCUGCAGGCGGCCAUGAAACCGAGGAGAGGCCAAUCACCCCCACAGUGCUGGGCUAUGAGGUCAUGGAGGAGAGGGCCAAGUUCACGGUCUACAAGGUUCUGGUCAGGAAGAAUCCCGACCAGAGUUGGGUCGUCUUUCGAAGAUAUGCAGAUUUCUCAAGACUCAACGACAAGCUGAAGGAGAUGUUUCCUGGGUUCCGCCUCUCGCUGCCUCCCAAGAGAUGGUUCAAGGACAACUACGACAGUGACUUCCUGGAGGACAGGCAGUUGGGGCUGCAAGCUUUUUUACAAAACCUGGUUGCACACAAGGACAUUUCUAGCUGUGUGCCGGUGAGGGAGUUCCUCUGUCUGGAUGAUCCUCCUGGACCUUUUGAUAGUCUGGAGGAGAGCAGGGCGUUCUGUGAGACUCUUGAGGAAAGCAACUAUCGUCUUCAGAAGGAGCUGCUGGAGAAGCAGAAGGAGAUCAGUGCGCUGAAGAGGAGGCUGGAGGAGAGGGAGCAGGUCAUCCUGCUGCUGGAGAAGAACAUCAAUGGCGAGAGCGUGAGCCCGGAGUCUCCCUGUGGGCUGUCGGCGCGGGGCAGCGAGAGCAGCGCUGAGGCGGACGUGGAGUCAUCUGCUGCAGAGGCGGAUCAGGACAUCGCUGAUGAACACGGCACUUCCUUUUGCUGAACCCUGUAACAUGUGUAAGGUCCAGACUGUUCGAUCCUCCGUGUGUUGGUGCGGACCGGCGCUCAGCGUCUCUCCUCCCAUCAUCCAGGUCCCUCAGCUUUACAACAAGAAACCUGAACACUAAAAACUUCCCCUCUUUUUGUUCCUUCUCUCACCCUACGCUGCUACUCCAUUCUCCUUUUUUUGGUUUUAAAACACUUAAAACAUUUCACAUCUCAAUAACUUUUUUUUUUCAGUUUAAGGAAUCAAACUGUUAUUCAAGACUUAAAAAAACGUGUAAAAAUACUUGAAAAAUCCAGUCAUUUCAUUUUAAAAACCUCUGCUGCUUCCAGAUUGGAUCGAUAUAUUUGAUCAUCCAGCAACAUUUGAGGUUUUUGGCCAAAAAAAACUAAGAUCAUGUACAGAAAAAAUGACUAAUUUUAUAUUAGUUUUGUCUGAUUUCUCUUCCUUGCUUAUAAUUGAUCCUUCAUCUCUAACUGUAGACCUGACAGAGCGAGCUGACGUCACAUUUCCUUUUCGACUGCCAUUAACUGUUAUUGGUUUAGACAAAGAUCCUCAAAAAACUGGUUUUCACUAAGUUUGUCUUGAAUUAUUUUGCUCUCUUUCAGUGCCAAGUGUGAUUUAGGGUUUAAAAAAAGAAGGAUCACUAGAGCCGGAUGUAACGGAUUUAUACACUAGUUAUUUAUUUCACCGUCACUACUAUUUCAAUAGUUUGGAUAACUUGUCGCGUUUAUAGCAAAUAAUGUUUUGCUUGUAGAUAUUUUAAGUUGCAUUGAAGAAUUUUUUAAGCAUGGUUUUUCAACGCUGCUACUCAUGAAAUUUGCCUUCAGACAAACAAUCGGGCCUCAGAGGAAGACACUGGAACCUCCUUUAGGAGCAGGUGGAACACAAACAUCUCAAAGAGUUGACGGUGUCUUCAGGAAAUUCAGAAAAAAAGCCUUAAAAGCACUUCUGAACGAUUUCAUUUCCCCAUCACCACUGUUGUUCCCAUCAAGACUAAUAAAGUUAAGAUGAGGCGUAAAACUAGGUUGAGUAUACCGGUUGCCAUCGGCAACAAAACACCUCUUUGGUGUGUUUGCUCUGAGACUGUUCCUGUGAAAUCACCCACCAAAGCCAUACUCUCUGCCUAUACAACACUUGAAGGACACGUGUGGAAGCGGAGCGAGAGCAGCUGUUUUUCCUCGUUCAGGAUGGGUUUAUGAGGAACACAAUAUUUAAUGUUGCAUCGCGUCAUUCUCGGCCUCCAGCAGGUCAUAUAAUGCACUUUACGGAUGAAUGGCAUUUGCUGGGAUGUUAUUUUUUUACUACCUUGAAACAUAAACCCUGCUUUGAUCAUCAAAUAUGUUUCGAUUGAAUACAUUUAUACAUAUAUAUAUAUUUGAUUUUUUUUGAUGUUCUGUACUUUACAACAAACGAUCUACUUGCAAAGCAAAGUGCCUUGAAGAUGUUCUCCUCUUGGCUUUUCUUUGGACGUGUUGGAAUAGCUUUAUAGAUUUCUAGACGACAGGAAACAUGUCAUCCAUGUGUCACUGAUGAAGAUAAUCUUUUAAAGACAUUCAUGUGUAUGUUUCCUGCUUGGUUUAGGUUAAAGAUGUUUUUGUGGACUCUUAGGCUCAGAUAUGCACCUGUAGUUGCACUAUAAAACAUAUAUAAAUAGUAUUGUUUGCUAUACGGCUUCAGAUUUAAAGGGAUAAAUUGUGUAAUAUUAUUAAUAAUAAUUUUAAACCACUGUUGAACAUUAUAGGGCAAAUAUGUUUAUUAUAAAAAUGUUGUCACAAUAAAAAACACUUUGACAUAUUGAAAA